AUGAUGAGGCAUCCACUUCUCCAAGUGGUGCUAUUACUGUUCAUCUGCGGUGCUAUGGCCGGACCUGCAUACGCCUGUAAUUACGAUGAAAUCAAAGAGAAGAGCGGUCCUCCUGUCGUUGUGGUGAGAGAAGUACCGAAGAAAGGAGAGGGCACUUGGCAGGCGUACACCGUGGCGACAUCUGAAGGUGAAAAUGAUAAAUGGGAACCACUGCGCAUCAAUGUAUCCUAUGAAAAUCUGAAAGAGGAUAAGUACUGUGUAAAUAAGGAUGAAAAGCGCAGGGAUUUUUUGGAUGGGGAGGAGCAAAAUUGUGUUUCUAUUGAUCUUAUGAACGAAGAAAAGAAGAAGAGACUCACUGAUGAAAUUGUGCCCGAGGCUAUCAAAUUACACACUGAUCGUCUCCUAGUUCAGCGGAUAAAAACACCUUGGAAAGUACCAAAUUUGAGGGAUCAUGCUGUUUGUUCUCACUUCACAAGCCCAGACGACCACACAUCUCAGGAUGUGCAAGAUGCUGAUUAUCUGUUGUAUGUGGCUGCUGGUCCGAAUAAAAAACUUUGGUCUUCGCCCUGGGCUGUAACAUGUGCUAUUGAUGAACAAACUAAACGUCCAAUGGUUGGUGCCAUGAAUAUUCAUCCUGUGUACACUGAUUUUACACGAGCUAAUGUUCGCUUUAUUGCACAUCAACUCGCACAUGCUCUUGGUUUUGACUAUAAAAAUAUGAUGAAGGAGGAACUCAAGGAUAAA